AUGUUAGAAAACAAUCGAACGUUUUAUGAUACACAACGUUCACCUAUUGAAUUAUCAGCUAAAGAUCUUCACGUUAAAAAAUCUCAUAAUAAUAAUAAAAAGAAAAUUCCAUUACGAUUACAAACAUCAAAAUCUCCAAAAAAUUCUGUGAAAAUUCAACCAUCACGUAUAAAUGUUCAUUUUACAUGGGCAUUAGUUCUUACUAUUUUAUGUUUUUUUGUUAUUGGACCAUGUUGGGCACUUUAUAAAACUUAUGAAUUACGUAGAAUGAUUAAACGACAAGACUUCGAAGAAGCUGCACGAUUAUCAAGUAAAAUUUCAACUGUUCUUCUUAUUUCAACUAUAAUCGGUGCUUUUGCAUGGAUGACUUUUCUUUUUUGUUCAAUUGGUCUUAUAUUAACUGGAAUAUUAUUAAAGAAUAAUUAUAUAUAA